AUGAACCUGGACCCUUUAACGUUUAGCUUAUCGCAAAUCAAUUAUCUCGUUAUAAAUUUAAGUAAGAAGAACUUCAAGCAGACGAAUCAAGAGUUGACUCAGCUGGUUAGCAUAUAUGGGCUGGAAGCAGAAAAUCAACUCUUGAGGUGCUUGCUCACUGAAGCAGCCAAGAAUUCUUGGGACACUGAUCGUCCUUCGAAUACUCCUAACAACAGCAUCCACGCGUCUUUGCUCGCACAGCACCUCGCGUCCUUGCUCAAUCAUCCAGCCAAGUCGACGGUCAUUUGUCGGGCUGUAGAUCAACCCAACAAAACUCUACAGAAGAUAUUAAAACCAACAAAUACUUUACUCAAUCGCCUGUCAAGAUUGUUAAAGUUAACCACUGCCGAGGAUGUUGCCCUUUCUCUGGUUCUGAGGAGGAACUCGUCGAAAUCUGAAAUUGUAAACUUAUCCAAGCAACAUCUUAAAAAGAGAUUCUUAGAUCUCGUUCAGUGUUACCUCGACGCAGAGCGCGGACAUCAAGUGGAGCGUGCCGGACUUCAGGAAUGCAGCCCUGAAGUGUUGCAAACUCUUCUGACUAAUCUCGCGCAUGAAAACUUUCGGUUAGCCGCAGUGACAAAAGACUUGUUUUUGAAAAAGUUGCGAGUUGAUUUCCCUCGCGAAGUAGUGCCCAUAGUGCUCGCGCCGUUACUUUACCCUGACGACACACAGACUCCUCUCGAGGAAAUGACUACAGCUGACGAUAUGGCCGCAGCCAUGAUGGAUAACUCACUAGCUGAGAUCAUCAGAGAUAUCGGCUACUCUUUCACCUCAUCGGUUGAAGAAUGCAAGAACAACAUGCUGAACUUUGGGGCUCGGGAGCCCACAGCUACAGAUGUCGCCAAAAUCAUAUCGACGAUGGUCAGAUACCACACAACUGUCCAAGACGGACCCCCUAUACAGACACCUGGGAACUUCUGGGUCGGACACGACGUCAAGAAAGAACCCUUACCACAAGGACAUGGAGAAUCAUGGAAUGCAGAAGUUUUAGUGCAAACACUAAAAGAUCUCGCAUCUAACCUAAACUGGAAAGAGGUCAUCCUACAACUCGACCACCCCGAAUUUUUCGUACCUGAUAGACAAGGACUCAGCUUGCUUUUCACGAUUCUGCGACUCGGCCUUCAAAGUGCAGGCUAUCCAGCGAACAUAUUCCCAGUUGAAUAUUUGUGUCGACGUUGGACGAAUUUGGAGGGUCAGAUGAGUCUCAUUACUAAUAUACUAAAGUACCCCGAUAUAUUCAGUUUCGCUGAUCAUCCAUUUCACCCGGUAUCGAUUGACUUACUGAAAUCGCCUCCGGAAGCAGACAAUAAAGACGUCGCAACAUGGCGCUGUCUCUACCUGGUCGAGCUAUUGUUGUAUGCUUCGGAGCGAGGUUAUUACAUACAAGUACAGGAACUGUUCAAGAUUCCUCUGCAAUACUGUCCUGAUGUUUUGAUGCUGGCCUUACUACAGAUUAGCCCACCUGUCAAUGUUGUUAGGCAAGAGCUAUUUUCAACAUUGAUACCAAUCUUUUUGGGCAACCAUCCUAAUUCUGGAAUCAUCUUGCACCACGCUUGGCAUAAUCAGAAUCCUAAUAUUAAGGCCGUUAUCAUGCAUUCAAUGGCGGAAUGGUAUAUUCGUGGAGAUUGUGAUCAAUCAAAACUUUCAAGGAUCUUAGAUGUUGCACAGGAUUUGAAAGCACUAUCAUUAUUGUUAAACGUUCAAUCUUUCCCGUUCGUGAUCGAUUUAGCCUGUCUGGCAUCUCGACGGGAAUACCUGAAACUGGAUAAGUGGUUAACAGAUAAAAUCAGGGACCAUGGAGAAGCGUUUGUCUCCUCAAUGGUAAAAUUCUUACAAAGAAGAUGUCCACUGGUACUUGGCAAGGGACCAGAAGAACAACUACCGAAAGCGGCUCAACUACCCCAUGAGACAAUCACCACGAUGUUGGCGUGCUUACAACUAUGCAUUCCUAACGUACAACAAGAGCUACAGGAGGCGAUCUGCAAUGUGAUUGCUAACUGUCAAACUCUCAUACUAAGUAAGACUCGCCAGACCAUAGCCGGUAUCGCAAGGCCACACACCAGGGUGUUGGAGACUCCCUUCAACCCAGCGGGAUUAGGCGGACAGCUUUUCCCGCCUCAUGUUGAUUCCAUCACUAAUUUGACUCCUAAUGUUGCUAAUAUGACUCUAGGGGCUCCUGCGAAUACUGCGUUUGCCAUGACUGGUACAUUGGGACCGUUAGUUACUACACCUGGGUCUCCGUCACGUCUAAUGGGCGCUGGGCCAAAUAGUCCUUUUGCAAUGAUGCCAUUACAACAUAACGCUAAUGUCGCCAACAUGGGCCUGGCUAGAAUGGCUCCCGCUCCGGCAAUGGAUAAGCCACGUAUUCCAGAUCCCAUUCACUUCCCCGAAAUGAUGCACAAUGUUGCUAAAGAAAUUGAGGAUGAAGCAAAUGGUUAUUUCCAAAGGAUUUAUAACCACCCUCCACAUCCAACUCUGUCGAUAGACGAAGUGUUGGAUAUGCUGAAGAAGUUUCAAGAUUCGCCGAACAAACGAGAGCGUGAAGUGUUCUCCUGUAUGCUACGGAACCUCUUUGAAGAAUACAAGUUCUUCCCUCAGUACCCAGAUAAAGAACUUCACAUUACUGCUCAGCUCUUCGGAGGCAUCAUCGAAAAAGGACUUGUACCUAGUUAUGUUUCGCUCGGUCUAGCUUUGAGAUUCGUGCUCGACGCGUUGAGAAAAACGGAGGGUUCUAAAAUGUAUUACUUUGGUAUAGCAGCUUUGGACAGAUUUAAGUCACGUCUGAAGGAUUAUCACAAAUACUGCGAACAUGUCAGGGCUAUUCCUCAUUUUAGUGAAUUCCCUCCGCAUCUAAUCGAAUAUGUGGAAUAUGGACUGCAGAGUCAAGAACCGCCUUCGAAGCCUCAGGGAGCUGUAUUACCCACAAGCCUCGCUGCGAUGCUGAAUCAACCUCCAGUUGUAACUGCAACUGCUCCUUACAGAGUUACUCCAGCGAUUUCGGUGAUAUCUAAAGUCGCCAACUGCACGACCGGCGGCAUGGGAAGCCGGCCCUCGAUCGCGAACGCCACGAACAUCGACACGCUGCUCACGGCUACCGACAGGGAGGAGAAGAUAAACGCUCCUCCUGAACCCAUACAAGACAAAACUGCUUUUAUUUUCAACAAUUUGAGUCAGCUUAAUUUGCAAACAAAAUGCGAGGAACUCAAGGAAAUAAUCACAGAUGAAUAUUAUCCUUGGCUGUCUCAAUAUUUAGUUAUGAAGAGAGCGUCUAUCGAGCUCAAUUUCCAUGCUUUAUAUUCCAAUUUCCUUGACGUUCUCAAAAUUCGAGAUGUCAAUAAGAUGGUCACAAAGGAGACUUAUCGUAAUAUCAAAGUAUUAUUGCGCUCAGAUAAAGGCAUAGCAAACUUUUCUGAUCGUUCACUACUGAAGAAUCUCGGUCACUGGCUUGGCAUGCUAACAUUAGCGCGUAACCAGCCUAUUCUUCAUGUGGAUAUUGACCUCAAAGCCUUGGUGCUUGAAGCUUACCACAAAGGUCAACAAGAACUUCUUUACGUGGUACCAUUUGUCGCCAAAGUUUUAGAAUCAUGUGCUAAAAGCAUCGUUUUCAAGCCACCGAACCCCUGGACGAUGGCAUUGAUGAAUGUUCUUGCUGAACUACAUCAAGAACCGGAUCUAAAACUGAAUUUGAAGUUCGAAAUAGAAGUGCUAUGCAAGAAUCUGGGCUUGGACAUAGCUAAUCUGAAACCGGCCAUUUACUUGAAAGAUCCUGAAAAAGUCAGACAGAUUGAGUUCCAACUGUCUCAACCUAAACCGAGUAAGGAAGCGGCGGCAGUGGUACCAGUAAACCCUGCCCUCGUGCAAGCUCCACCAAUGCAGAUGAUGCCUCCGCAACCUCCGAUGAUACCGACAGAUGACAUGACUGUCACCGCACCGACGCCAACGAGCGGCCUGAUGGGCGACCCCAACCUCAUGGGGGUCAUCGGUCUUCCUGAACCCAGAUUCAAUUAUUUGGACGUGAACGUCUCCUCCACAUCUGCAUUUGGUCAAAAGAUUAGCUUCAACCCACAUAUUCUCCUAUUCCAAAACUAUCCACACCUAAAACAGUUUGUCAAGCCCGCGAUCGAGAGGUCGAUUCAGGAAUGGAUCCACCCUGUGGUGGAUAGGUCAAUCAAGUAUGCUUUGACUACGUGUGAGCAAAUAAUAAGAAAAGACUUCUCAUUGGACCCUGACGAAGUAAGAAUGCGCACCUGCGCGCAUCACAUGAUGCGUAACCUGACUGCUGGCAUGGCGAUGAUCACGUGUCGCGAGCAGAUCAUUAGCACCAUCAGCACCAAUCUGAAGGGUGCUUUCGCUACCUCACUGAUGCCUUCCACACCCCAACAGUUUCUGGUAUUUCAGAAGGAGGUAAUAGAAAGCGCAGCUGCUGUUCUAGCUACAGAAAACAUGGAGUUGGCGUGUGCAUUCAUCCAGAAGACUGCUGUUGAGAAGGCGCUGCCUGAGCUGGACAAGCGCCUGCUCAACGACUACGAGAUGCGUAAGCUGGCGCGACAGGAAGGCCGACGGUACUUCGAUCCCAUGGUCCUCUCGUACCAGACCGAGCGCUUGCACGAGCGUGUCCGCCUCCGCGUCGGAGGGCCCACGGAAGUCCAGAUUACUGUAUAUGAAGAGUUCGCAUGCAAUAUCCCUGGCUUCACGCCCGUACGCGACGUAGGCUUGUUCAUUCCCAAGCCGUCCGCUCAGGAGCAAAUGUCCCAACUGUCGUUCAGCCAGGUCAUCAACCCGACCCAGGUGUACGGAACGGACGAGAUGGGAGCUUUGAUUACCGCCGCCGAAGUUUUCCUAGCGAACUGCAUCGGUGUCGCCUCCCUCGCGGUACAAGCCGCCAAUAUGCAUUCCCUACUUGAAUGCCUCUGCAUCGCAAGAAGAAACCGUGACUUUGUAUCUGGAUGCGCUUUACUGCAAAAGGCGGUGGAGGGAUUACUGGACGGACACAUCGUGCAGCCGGGCGCGAACAGCGAACACGUGGAGAUGAUGGCUCGCUACCGGGAUAUCCACCUGCGCGUGCUCAAGCUAUUGGAGGAUGCGCGAGUCUAUGGCCACGUAUGGACUACCAAGCAGAUCACUUGCUGCCUCACUGAGUGCCGAGAGGAACUGCGAUACAAUAUCGAAGCUGUCGACUGCCUUAUCAGGAACCACCUGAUCAACUUACCCCAGUAUGACCUUGCCCUCGCGCACAUGAUGGACAGCGGCAACAACUACAUGGCUGUUGCCUUCGCAAUGCAGCUGGUUCAGCUUUACCUGGUAGAUGAUAGGAACAACAUCUACGUAAAUGAGUCGGACCUCUACCAUACCACAGAGACACUUGUCAGGGUCAUGUCUCACUCCAGACAGCCCCCACCUGAAGGUCUUGGCUCCUUGAUCGAAAUGCUCCGUGUCAACCAAGAUCCUAGCGCUUACCUUGGAGAGAGGUCGCCAUUGGGUCCCACUGCCCACAUUCACUCUGGAAUAUUGCAAGUCCGGUCCCAGAAUUACGAUGACCCACCUGGCUUACAAGAAAAGACGGAGAACCUUCUUCGCGAGUGGAGAAAUGUGCUUCUAAGCCCUCUGACCGAGAUUGAACUUGCACAGAACUUCAAUCUUUACGUUCAUCGCAUGAACAUGAAUGGAAUCCUGAAAUCGGACGACAUGAUCACGCGAUUCUUUAGGAUUGCGACCCAAAUGUGUGUUGAGAAUGUGUACCAGCAGUUGAACGAAGAUAGAAUGAACACACCUCCAAUGCCCCCGAAGAGGGACAAAUACUACGCCAUGUGUGACUCGUUCAUCAAGCUGGUAUCGCUUCUGAUCAAGAACACCGCUGACGGCGGUAACCCAACUCCGAAACUGAACUUGUUGAACAAGAUCCUCGGGAUCAUUGCUGGAUGCCUGCUUCAAGACCAUGAAGAGCACAGCACUAACUUCCAACAGCUGCCAUACCACCGACUGCUACUCAUCCUGUUCCUCGAUAUGAACAUGGCUGAACCUGUCCUGGAAUCUAUGAAUUACCAGGUUCUCACUGCAUUCUGCCAUACGCUGCGCAUCAUCCGCCCGAGCGUGGCACCAGGAUUUGCGUACGCGUGGCUGGAGGUCGUCGCGCACCGUGCUUUCAUCAACCGCGUACUAGCCGUAACACCACAACAAAAAGGCUGGGGAAUGUACUCGACGCUCCUGAUCGACUUGUUCAAGUUUCUAGACCCGUUCCUACGCAACACGGAGUUAGCCACUCCCGUCAUGAUGCUGUACAAGGGCACGCUCAAAGUGCUACUUGUCCUUCUUCAUGACUUCCCUGAAUUCCUAUGCGAUUACCACUAUGGCUUCUGUGACGAAAUCCCUCCAAACUGCAUCCAAAUGAGGAAUCUCAUCCUGUCCGCGUUCCCCCGCAACAUGCGGCUCCCUGACCCCUUCACACCCAACUUGAAGGUAGACUUGCUAGCAGAGAUUACGCUGCCUCCCCGCGCCGUUAUCAACUACGCGACCAUCAUCCCUGCGUCUCAAUUCAAGAAGGAUUUGGACGCCUACCUGAAGGCGCGCGCUCCCGUCACAUUCUUGUCAGAGCUGAGAGGCAACAUGCAGGUGUUGAACGAGCCCGGCCGUCGGUAUAACUGCCAGCUGAUGAACGCCGUGGUGCUGUACGUGGGUACGCAAGCCAUCGCACACAUCAGAGCCAAGGGCCAGACUCCCAACAUGUCCACCAUUGCACACUCUGCGCACAUGGACAUCUUCCAGAACUUCACCGUCGAUUUCGACUACGAAGGGCGGUACCUGUUCCUGAACGCUAUCGCGAACCAGCUCCGCUACCCGAACAGCCACACGCACUACUUCUCGUGCUGCCUGCUGUACCUGUUCGCGGAGGCCAACUCCGAGGCCGUGCAGGAGCAGAUCACCAGGAUGUUGCUCGAGCGACUGAUAGUGAACCGGCCACACCCAUGGGGCCUGCUCAUCACCUUCAUUGAGCUCAUCAAAAACCCGAUUUACAAAUUUUGGUCUCAUGAGUUUGUGCAUUGCGCACCCGAGAUUGAGAAGCUCUUUGCGUCUGUGGCGCGAUCCUGCAUUGCAGACAAGACGGGUGCGGGAGGGGGGGAAAGGGAGAUAGCCGAGUAG